CACAAUUUUUACGGGCUCCGGAUUGAAUCUAUUCCAGGGGACUCCACGCCCUCUGUUCCCCCCUACUCUUCACCUUGAAUGCCUCUCUCUUUUCACCGGUCACCGGGCAUCCUAGUUCCUUUACCUUUUCAUGAUACCCAUUGGUGCUAGUUCAGAUAAGUACUUCUUUCUUACUCCAUUUCACUGUUUCCUUUGUUAUCCUGGUCUACCUCCGCCGAGAUCACUACUCUCCUGUCUGUUGCCCUUGAGCCAAGAUCCUUGUCAUGCUGGCUAUCCUGUGCGCCGCAUUAGACCCUCGCCAUCAGUGCACUACUCUUUCCUUCUCUGGCUCAUAUACUUGUACAUUAUCACUCGGAAAUGGGAUAUAUCGGCGUUUUAUCUUCCAUGUCUAGACUAAUUGCAAUAAUAUACCUGCUCUGGUUCAUAUUCGUACUAGUCCGUCUUCACCCGUCCUGGGUUAUAUAUAUAUAUGGAGAGAGAGAGGUCGGUAACCGUACUACGCAUA